GCGGAGAAGAGAAACGCCAGCUUAGAUUCGUGGAGAAAUGAAGAGACAUUCAGGUGCAUUCACACAGACACUGAAACACCUCCAUUCCUUCACACAAACUGUUGCUGCUGUUGUCAAAAUAUGUCUUCUGGGGACGCUUCAUACAGAUGACAAACAAACAUCGAGCCCAUGCAGGCUGAUCAAACAAUGCUGAAAUUGCAUUGAGGAAAAUGCGCACACACACACAGUGGCACACUUUCACACUGACACUCUUUACUCACAUUACUCUGAUGGGCUGGGCUAAAUACCACGGCAACCAGGCCCCUCCCCUGGGUGUGUGAGGAGUUUUUAAGUGGAGAGUUGGGAAUGUUGUUUUUAGAGAGGCGCAGAAGGCAGGAGAGUGUCUGUGAGAGUCAAUCUAACCCCGUCUUUCAAAACCACCAGCGUUGACUCCAGGAUGGGUGAAGACUCUUCUCACGCAGAGCGCAGCACAGCCACCUUACCCAGGGAGGAAAGCACCCCGACGCCACCGGCUCCAGAUGCUCAUGAUGCUCAAGAUGCUCAAGAUCUCCUCAUUCCGAGCUUCAGUCCUGGCUCGGUGCCCUCUUCCCCUGUCCACACCCUUUCCCGCUUGGGCCCCAAGUCCCCGACCAGCCCCACGGCCCCUGGCGGCCAGGUCAGCGCCAUCACAGUGGUGGCUCUGCUCGACAAGCUGGUGGUGAUGAUCGAGUCGGUGCAGGAGAACCAGCGGAGGAUGGAGAAGAAACAGGCCGAGCUGGAGGGGGCCGUGAGGAUGGUGCAGGGCGACGUGACCCGUCUCACCAAGAACCACAUGUCCACGGCCAACAGCGUGGCAAAGCUGCUGGAGCGCUCACGCAAGACUGGCCUCAAUGUGAAGGAGGUGAGGGAGCGCCUGGAUAAACAGAGCAGCCAGGUGAAGCGUCUGGAGGCCAACCACGCCCAUCUGCUCAAGAGGAACCACUUUAAAGUGCUCAUCUUUCAGGAGGACCACGAAAUCCCAUCCACUCUGCUUACUAAAGAUGGCCUGGCCUCCACCUCUCAGGAUGAGAUCGGUCCAUCUGCACCAACUCCGCUCACUGAUUUAAACCGCUCUCAAGAGGAAGGCCUGCAGACCAUCAGCCUCUCUUCCGAUGACGACGAGGAAAAAGGAGCAACUAGUCCUCUGGCAGAAGGUGGCGAUGAUUCGCUAGAUCUGCAAGAAGAAAGCUUCCCAGGCUUGGGAAGCGAACGUCUGGAGCGCUCUCGAGCUGACAAGUUCAAGCGCUCCAGUCUGAAGAAGGUGGAUAGUCUAAAAAAGGCCUUCUCACGAAGCAGCAUCGAGAAGAAGAUCAACAAAAUCGUGCCUCCAGAACAGCGAGAGAAGAUCAAGAAAAGCUUCAUCCCCAACCACCCGAAGAGCUCCUCUUCCAAGAGCUCGUCCUUCCGUGUCUCUCCAAUGACCUUCAACGUCAAGAAGGUACGGGAUGGAGAUGCUGACUCCUCCCAGCAGCCUGGGAGCUCACCGAGGAACCUCAGCCCAGUGGAAGUUCCCAACAUUGAGGGUCCCGACGGAGAGCUGCCCCUGGCUGAGUUACACUCCUCAGCUGAGAAAGCCAAUGGAGACGGUCUACGCAGCCCCUCCACCCCGGGCAGCGGGGAUGGAGAGGUGUUUGUCACAGUUGAGGGUGGAGAUCUUGAGAACGGUCCGACCGCAACUCUGGCUGAAGAAGAGGUGGAUAAAGAAGAUGAUGACACUGAUGGCAAUGAUGAAAAUGGAAAGGAGGAAGAGGAGGAGGAGAAAGAAGUGAGACCUAAAGAAGAAGCGUCUGUGUCUCCGCCGUCGACUGCAGCUACUGUUGAGCUACCUUCUUAGAUAUGGUUGUGUUUCUGACUUCGAAUCACUUCUGAGACUUUGGGAAGAGUAGUUACUGCCUUGUUCCACUGGUAUUUGUUCCCAAGCUUGUUUAAUGUUAGCAUGUCUGCUAAAAUAACAUAUUGCCCUGAAUUAACCCCUAAUAUAAUGUAACUAUAGCCUAUUGAGUUAUAUUCAGAAAUUUAGCACGUUCUUGUAGAAGAAAAUUCCAUUUAAAUUCCAUUUCAAAUAGAUUCUGUAUAAAAGCCCUGAGAAUGGUACAGCAGUUCAGACCACUGUCACCACAAUGACACAAUUUUCCUGCGGUAGCCUGUGAAUACCAUGAAAUUGACUGAACUGAAUCGCCUGAACUCUCACUCUCUAUCUUUUUUCUUUGUGCGUAGGAGAAGCAAUGUGUACAAAUCUGAACCUUUGUUAUGCUGCAGUCCAGACUCUCUUCUGUCGAUGUACAUGAAAUGUAGUAUUAAACUGCAUGCAAAAAAGUACUGUGGUAGUAAUAUGGUUUUUGGAAACAGUGCUUUGUUUUUCACACAGUACUUUGACGCAAAUAGCAUGUGGAAACCAUUGUAUAUUAAUACGAAUUCGUGAAAAUAUAGUAACAAUAUGGAACAUCAUUACUGUACCAUUGUACCACCACAGUACUUUUUGUAUGGCAUGAAACAGAUAACUACAAAAGACAAGAGGUGUUGAAAGUUAUGUCUUUAUUUUUUGACAAUUUUAGAACUUUUAUUAAAAUAUUUAGCAGCA